AUGGCUACUGAAGGUUACAAGAACAUCCUCCUUGUCGGACGCGAUGCUGACCCCACACAGGGAGGUGGCUCCCUUGGAAGCGUCCUGCUCCAGUCUCUCCUGUCUGAGCCCGCAUUCAAUGUGACCGUCCUGGCGAGAGAAUCCUCCAAGGCCCGUGGCAGUCUCCCAUCCGCUGCCAAGGUCAUCACCAUUGCCGAUUCGUACCCGCAAGAGGACCUGGUCAAGGCGUUCGAGGGUCAAGAUGCCAUCGUGAAUGCCAUCACCAGCUUCUCGGUUGCCGAGCAGCUGCGGUUCAUCGAUGCGGCCAUUGCCGCUGGGGUCAAGCGAUACAUGCCCUCGGAGUACGGCCUGGACAACAACACGCCUGCUGCGCAGGAACUUUCCCAGGUGUUCAAGGACAAGGGUCUUGUGCAGGCAUAUCUGCGUGGAAAGGAGUCGACUGGGUUGACCUGGACCGCCAUUGCGUGUGGAAUGUGGAUUGGAUGGUCCCUCCGUAACAACUUCCUGGGCUUGGAUUACCCCAACCGCACCAUAACCUUAACCGACGACGGAGAGGGCUUUUUCUCCACGACGACUCUGAAGAGCACCGCUCUGGCGCUGAACCGGAUUCUGCUCAGCCCCGCCACGACGGCUAACCAGAUCGUGUUCACCAGCGAUUUCGCCACUACUCAGAAGGAGCUUGUUGAGACCAUCGAGCGCCUGACCGGUGAGACGUGGCAGCGCAAGUCGAUCAACACCCAAGAGCUUAUCCCGUCGCUUCAGAAGGCGUGGAACAGUGGCGAUGUCUAUGCCGGAUAUGGGUUGAUCAAUAUUGGCUUCACCAAGGGCACGUACAGCGGCCACUUCGAGCCUAGCAAACCCAUUCGGAACAAGGAACUUGGACUGCCGGAGAAGAACCUUGAAGAGGUCGUGAGGGAGGCUUUGGCUGAGGUCGGCCACCCUGGAUUCUAA